AUGAAUGGCAUUUUGCCAGAAGCAACAGUCUCGAUCCCAGCACUUCGCAGGGAUAGAGAUACGAGAGGUAGCAAUAGUGCGGAGCGUGUGGAACUCCUCCAUCACGACUCUGUGAUUUCGGUGGAGCCUGGUAGCUUGGUCGCCGAACUGCGUGAGUGCUUACUGGGAAAAUGCCAGUACUCUGAGGUCAAAAGAAUACUCGACAGCCAAGCGGAUCCAAACUCCAGGCUGAAAUAUAAGCUUGGGCCAAAGGAGUUUCAAGGUUCUCCAUUGACAUUGGCAGUGAAACUUGACAAACCCAACGUGGUGCGAUUGCUGAUUGCCAGCCAUGCAGAUCCGGAAUCAACGUACUCCAUGACUGCUGGGCGAUCUGGGGUUCGUUGGAACGGGCCUGCAGUCUGUGGCACCGUGGCUAGAGGCAACCUCUCAAUGAUGCGACUACUUGUGGAGCUUGAAGCCAACCUCAACGGGCGAUUGGUUAGUUUCAACGGCGAACCAAAUGUCACGUUGUUGUAUGAUGCCAGCUAUUUUGGCCAUGCACAUUUGGUCCGUUACCUCUUGCAGCAGAAGGGUAAUCCCGACAUUCCAGUCAAGUUUCAGGACCAAUGGGCAAUUCCUCCGCGGUUUUUGCGCUAUGUGUUGGGUGUUGCCUGUAGUGUGUCUGCAUGGUUGCGGAGCGUGGUCGCGGAGCAUGCGGAGGCACGGACAGUGCACCAAGAAAACCCUGCCCGCCUGAAGACCAUGAACUCCUUGCCUCAUGCGGUUGUGUUGGAGCGCACCCUCACCAAAAAUUUAGAGGAACUGGUCGGGUUCCAGGGGCGCCCCUCGCCGGGCAACCCUAGGACCAGUACAUUCCCUCGACCUCCUUUGUUCACUUUCACAGGGGAAGUGGCCGAUGACCCGAAGUUGGUGGCGGCCCUGAAGGUCAUUUUCUCGGAGCACUUGGAUUCGAAGGGGGAGAUGGAAUGUCUUCCGUCCUCGCCGCGCAUGAGGGAUGACAUGAGCAUUCUCAAGACGCCGCUACAUAUCUCUGCUAGCCUUGGACAUGCAGAAGUUGUGCGAGUUCUCCUUGCUGCCAAAGCACAGGUGUCACAUUCAUUUCCAGGUGGGGGUGGGCCACCUGAGCUGAAAGAUGCAGUAGAUGGAUGCCACGUCGAGGUUGUGAAGCUCUUGGUUCAAGGCAAAGCUGAGCUCUUCGGAGGUGAACCUGGUCUGCGAGGCGUGGACUACAUUUUUGAGGCAAACAAUUCCGUUUUGGUUGCUGCGGCUGCUACGGGCUUAAAGCAAAGCCCUGGGCAGAUGACCGGUGGCAUGACCAUUGAGGACUUCAUUCAGAUUCUGUCGACUCCUGAUGCCGAAGAGAUCAUCCCCGCGGUCUUUUGUCCAUGCCAGCUGCGCUACUGGAAAGGUGAGCGCCGACUCAUCUGGCGAACGGCUUACGUCCUCCACGGAGAAAUGAACGUCGCUGUUGGCCCUUCCAAGGAGCAUUUUGAAAAGAAAUUCCUGGGAGAGAUGGAGCGCGCAGCAGCCACUGAAGCAAGAAUCAGCGAUGCACAUGAAGAUCAUAAGGACAAAGAUGAGAUAUUUUUCGAAAUUUUAUUGCCACACCGUUUUGAAAAGAUCCCAGGGCAUUCGCAGAUUCCGGUUGAUAUCUUUCAGGGAGUUCUGUCUGGCUUGCAUCGCAACCCAGAGGUGCUCUGGGUGAUUGCUUCGGGAGUGAAUGACCGCAUUUUCGACCAAAGAGGAGCGCGUGCGAUCAUUCAGCUAGCAUGGAGAGAAGCGGAGGUCGCGCACUUCAUCGCCUUCUUUGUUGAUGGAUUCAUGGCGAUCAUUUUUGCACUACUUGCCGGUCUUCAACAUGACAUUGACUGGCAGAACACUGUUUGGCCCCGUCCGAUUUGUUUGGCAUUGGCUGCAGUGAUUCUGGUCAGAAAAAUUGUUCACGAAGUUCUGUCGCUUAUUGGGUAUCGUGCGCACUGCAAGCUUCGUGAGCACGUCUUGACCAUCGGCUUUGCAGGAGAUGCUUUCCGGAUUCUCAUCACAGCCAUGAGCUUGAUUGGCCUCACGGUGGCCUGGGAUGAAUUUCGCACACGACAGUGGCUGCAGCUCGUAUUUGCAUUUGCUGGAUUUGCGCGGUGGCUGCGAGUUCUGAACAACCUGAAGGGAUUCGAGAGCACUGGCAAGCCAAUGCUUCCAAUUCUGCAGGCUGUUCCAGCAACAGUGCCUUUCUUUUUCGUAAUCUUUUGUUGGUUUGCCGGCUUUAUCCAUUUGUACUACUGCUUUGGCUUGAACCAUUGGUGGUUAUCAAUGAUCGCGCUUUACAAACUUGGUUUUCUGGCUGAAGCUGGCCUGGACGAGAUUUUACUGCCUGCGGAUGCAGAUGCUCCCACCUGGCGCUUGGCAGUUGACUUUGUAGUCUUAGCGAUGAGCUUGAGUAUGUCAAUCAUUUUGAUGAAUGUGCUGAUCGGCGUUCUCGCUGAGAGCUACAAUCGUGGCUGGGAACACCGAGAACGACUGUUUUUAUUGGCGCGGGCACGAUUCCUCCUAAACCACUUCACCAUGUCGUUCGCGUGGAGAAAAUACUGCAGAUGCUGUGCUAGAAAGGUGGCAGACAUGGAAGAAGCAUCCGAUUUCGUGUGGUAUGCUGUUCCUCGAGCGCCUUCAACCUGGGGGGAUAUCAGCUCUGAUUUUGACAGUAUGGACAUGAAUGUGCACGAAAAAAUGUCGGAGCUGAGAAGGGAGAUGAGAGAAGGCAUGCAGAAGGUCCUGGAGAGAAGCCAGGAUCAGCAUCGAGCCGCAGACACAGAUCGAAAGCUGGAUGAAUUGCGGGCAAGGCUGGAUGAGCUAACCGAUGGGUUGAAGGAUGCGCACUUGCUGCCGGCUUAA